AUGCAUAUAUUACUGCUAGUUACUGUAAUUACAUUUUUAACAUAUUCUAUUGGUACUCAAUACAGGAUUCGUCUGACAUUUUGUGACCAAGCGCCUAAUUCAGCUCUCCAAAUUGUCUGCUCACAACUUAAGAAAUGGGAUACAACUGUCAGGCAACAUCAUUCCAUUUCGCCGAAUAAAUCAUCGUCAUCCUGGACUUCACAAAGAAUUUGGACCACCAGUCGAUCCCGAUGGACAAGUAAUUCCCAAAGUUGGACUAGUUGGUCCUCGUGGACUUCCUCUUAUAGUAUACCAUCACAUGAAGCACUGUAUCGCAUGAAUAGUCAUGGUAACUCUCCGCUUGCUAUCAGCCAUCAUGUUAACUUACCAAUGCCUUCUAGCUUAAUAAAAAAUUUCACGGCUAACACAUACACCUCAAAGGGACCGAAGCGAGUGGCACUCGAAAUACAGUAUGAAAUUUCUUCUCUUCCUAAACAAAGUAAGCCAAUCCAUACCCGUGGCGGACAAGUAACAAAUGUGAAGACGUAUUAUCCACGUACAAUUUCAUCAUUAUCAUUAUCAUCGUCAUUUGGUAGACGACAACAAAUCUUGAAGAAUGAUGAUUUGAGUGAAACGUUGCACAGCAAAAAGAUUACAAAUAAUGUACAAAAGCCACCUUCAACUGCUAUCAUUAAAAAAGAUCUGUAUGCAAUGGAACAAGAUAUGGUUGGUCCACCUGGUCAACAACGACCCAAUAAUUUGAUUCGCAAACAAUUUUCAUCAUCAUCAUUACUAUCAACCAUUUCAUCCACACAGUCAUCAUUGAUGAGGAUAUCAAGUAGUUCCGUUAGUUCAUCGAUACUUUCGGUUCAACAGCAAGGCAGGAAACCAUUUGAGAAAAAUCAGUCAGCUGAAUCUCGCACUUUGUUGCUGAAUCAGCAAUUGAAAGCUUUAGCAUGCAUGGAUAUCAACUGCUUGUGUCCAUUUUUUAAUGGUUCACUCAGAAAUUUGGAAUGUUUCUUAUCAAAUGGGAAGAAAGUUUCAAUGGCUAUUCGUAAGGAAUAUAGGCAAUUAAGUGAAGAAGAAAGGCAACGAUUUCAUAGUGCUUUAAAUCGAUUGAAGCGAAGCGGUGAUUAUGAUAAAAUUGCGCAAUGGCAUUCAAAUCCAAAGUUAAGUGGUGGAGCACAUUCUGGGCCUGCUUUUUUGCCUUGGCAUAGAGAAUACAUCAAAAGACUAGAAAUUGCUCUUCGACUCAUCGAUCCAGAUGUGUCGCUACCGUAUUGGGAUUCAACGCUUGAAAAUGGGAUACCAGAAAGCGCAGAUACAAUAUUGUUUAGCAAAGAAUUAAUGGGAGAGAAUGAUAAAUAUGGCAAUAUAAUUAAUGGUUUCAUUUCCAAUUGGACAACACCUGAGGGAAAGCAUAUAAUUAGACGACCUGGACAAGAAGGACGUCCUCUGAAUGAAGAUGAUAUUCAAGCUGUAAUGAGACAUUCGGAUGUAAUCGGCGUACUCGCUUAUACCGCUCCUCAGCCGGGGUGCAGGUAUCCAACAGAUUGGACAUCACUCGAGUAUAGCCAUGCAAAUGCACUUGUAUGGAUCGGUGGUGAUAUGUUUCAUCAAAUAACUUCUGCAAAUGAUCCAUUGUUCUUCCUCCACCACGUUUUUGUGGAUAGCAUUUGGGAAUACUGGCGACAACAUCGACAAAGUCGAGAUUCACGAUCGAAAAGUUAUCCGCCAGAUUUACCAGAAUGUAGUGGCGAAAACCAUUUUGCGCAAAAUUCCAUGCGACCAUUUGAACCGCUUAGAAAUAUCGAUGGAAUCAGCAAUAAUUAUAGCGAGAGAUUGUACAAAUAUGCACCACGACCUGUUUGUCCUGGACGCCAGGAUAAACAGUGUGGGAGCGAAUUCCUAUUCUGUGAUUUAUCACACGGAAACGCUCGGUGUUCGACAAAAAUACGCGUGGGAGGCAAUUGUGACAGUUAUACACAUCAGGAGAACCCUUGCUACAAUGAGGAUGUAGCUGUAGGGAAGGUGACAGCGCUAAUUACAACAACAACAACAACAAAUGUUGAAAAGGAGCAGUGUUAUAACAGUCAUGAGUGUUGCUCAAUUUGGGCUAAUAAGGGUGAGUGUAAAACAAACGAGAAAAUAAUGCUAGAUUGGUGUCCUGCAUCCUGUCAUAAGUGUGUUGCACAAUAUAAUACUCUUUCUGAAUGUUCAGAUCGGCAUUUACAAUGUCCCGUUUGGGUCAUUCAAGGUGAAUGCCACAAAAAUCAUCUAUGGAUGGCUGAAAAUUGCCGGUUCAGUUGUCGAAGAUGUAAUAAAUUACGAGCAGACAUUUGUGAAAUGAUGGCAGAUAUAAAUAGAUAG